AUGGACACGGAAGAUCCUGUUGGGUUGGAAGACAAAGAUGAAGAAGAAGAGGCAGGAGAGCAGUCUGAUGAGGACAUGGCCGUGUCAGCCAGUGUACGCCGGCUCACUGAGGGAGAAAUUGAUGUGGACGACGGAGAUAGUGCUAGUGGCGAUGACGAUCAAGCCGAGGGAGAUGAUGCGGACGACGCCGAAGACACGUUAUCACCCCAGGAAAAAGCCGCACGCAUCUGUCGCCUGCCAUCUAAGGAAUUGACCAAUGAAGAACUUUCUCUUUUUCCCUUCCUGGAAGAUUGUCCUCGCGCUCUGCGAGACGCAUACCUUUGUGUCCGAAAUUUCGCAUGUCUGUCAUGGUCUGAAGAUCCAGGCGUACAGGUAACACCAGCCGCACUUUCUACGUAUGUAAUGAGCAACAUGUCCACCGAGAACAUUCGUCUUAUGAUUGAUGCUGGCAUCGCUGCUCCUCCUGUUGGCACUGGGCCAAUUCAUCUCGGAUGCAUCUCUUCAGCCUCUUCACAGUCGGAUGACGUCACUCGCACUAAAACUUCUAAGGAACCAAUUACACGGAGCAACACUCGUCACCUGGCUGUCUUAUCUCUCCCUCCGAUGUGGUCACCCUGGAGCAAUAUCAGUGCGAAGAGCAAUCUGGAUAAGUUGUGCUAUUACGCUGUCCUGUUUCUCGAAAGGUUCGGUCACAUCAAUUUCGGUGUGUUCAAGAUCAUCAGCGCUCCGCUUACUCAUAUAAGCGGAUGCCGCGGAACUUCCGCGCCGGAGACCUUGACAGACACCCCUUCUCUCAGACGUACAGGAUCGGAACGUUCACUACACUCUGCUCGUCGUGGUGCAUCUCCUUCCAAACCCGGUGCCGCUCAUCCCCCGCAUAUUAUUGUGCUGGGUGCUGGUAUUUCGGGUCUGAUGACUGCCCGACAACUCACCUAUUUCGGAGCCAAAGUCACCAUAUUAGAAUCUAGGGAUCGCGUCGGUGGCCGCAUUUGGACCUGCAAGCGCAACGAUGCCUACGGUGAACUUGGUGCCAUGGUCGUGACCGGGCUAUCCGCAAAUCCAGUCGCAGUGCUUGCAAAACAGAUUCCACUUACCCUCAUCCCUAUCAACAUCGAGUGCUGCUUGUACGACCCACGAGGCCGCCAAAUUAGUCGUGAAAUGGACGAAAGAGUGGAGGAGGAGUUCAACGGACUUCUGGGAACCGCAGCUUAUAUGUGUCAUGCGAAGUCGUUGGAUUCAAUCAUGGAUGGUGGAGUGGAAAGGCCACUUUCACUGGGUGAAGUGGUUGAACUUCUGAUCCGGUACCAGGAGCGUCACAUGGUUCAACUGAAGAUUACUCAUCGGAAGCUGAUUAUCAAGCUACUUGAGAGGAAAAACGAUCUUCUCGAUCGGAUCGCUGUUGCUCGCGAAGCCAUCGAAGAAGCUCACGAACGCUGGCAGACCGCUGCAGCCCGGGCGAAUACGUGUUCAGUUGUGACACCCAAAGUGCUGGGUUCGCUGCCCUUCACCACCUCCAACGAGACGAAUCACAGCGGCAUCCAGAUGACUGCAUCUGCUCCGUCAAAGAGACCAGGUGAUCGAACGAAAGACUCACGUCUCUCCUCGCGAUCGAAGCUAACCGGGGAGGUUAACUCUUGCACCGAUGGUGUGGAUGGGCAGAACGUUCCGCCAAAAGAAAACUCCACUGCUGCUGCUGCUGCUCGCCCCUGUCUUCCAGUGUACAACGUCAGUGCACAAUUCGAGGUACGACGCUUACUGAGUGAUUUGCACGACGCCUGGAAACGAUUCGAUCCGUUACAGGCGGCUCUGAAUCGGGUUAAUCGGCAGCUUGAUAUUUUAAUGCAAUCUCCACCACGGGACUCGUAUUUGACCGAAGCUGAACGUCGUAUCCUCGAUUGGCACUUAGCCAACCUGGAAUUCGCCAAUGCCACUGAACUGAACAACUUGUCCCUACGCCAUUGGGAUCAAGACGAUAUGUUUGAAUUGAGCGGCGAACAUUGCAUCAUUCGAGACGGCUACAGUGCGCUGACGGAUGCUCUGGCCACCGCAAUCACCACCUCACAAACCAGCCUCGUUGCCAAUCAACCGGUCGGCGUUGUUAAUUCCAAGCAACGAGAUUCAUCCGCUUUCGCAUACACGCUUGGGUCCGGUCAUAUAGAGCUGAAAAGCUUGGUCAAGCGUAUACUCUAUUCGGACAGCGGUGUCCGGGUGGAGGCUUUGAACGCCGCGUUUAGUCAAGAAGAUCUUAUUGAGCAUGAGGCGGACGCCGUGAUUUGUACGCUUCCGUUGGGUGUGCUCAAGGAAUCCGUUCAAGUCAUGGAAUCAUGGCUGACGCAGCCGAAAGACACGGAUGCAUCGGAUACUGGUGUUUUGACAAAAUUAACCGCUCCUGUCUUUGAGCCUCCUUUGCCAACUUGGAAGGUGGAUGCAAUCAAGCGGUUAGGAUUCGGAGUUUUGAACAAGGUCGUGCUCAUUUUUGAAAAGUCCUUCUGGGACCGCUCCCAAAACCUCUUCGGCCACCUCAACUCCUCCCCAGAAUCCCGUGGAGAGUUGUUCCUUUUCUGGUCCAUUCCCGACCGUCCAGUUCUAAUUGCUUUGGUCGCGGGUCGUGCGGCAGUUGACUUGGAACGAUCGCGUCCUUCACCUAUCCGCUCAUCUCCUGGGUCACGUCUAUCCACACCCGGAGGAACUAGCUUGAAAUCCCAUUCAUCCGGGGGUAUCGCACCGUCUGCUACAUUACAAGAGCCAAUCGUAGCCAAAGCCAUGCACAUUCUGCGUGGCAUUUUCGGUUCGUCGGAUAGUUCAACCCCUUCUUACGGUGGACAGAACCAGUGCGAGCGGAGAAGGAUUAUCCCACAUCCCAUUGACGCGAUCGUCACCCGCUGGUACUCUGAUCCGGACUCUCGUGGCUCAUAUUCUUAUGUGAAAGUAGGCGCCACCGGCUCGGAUUACGAUUUGCUGGGCGACUCAGUGUGCCCAACCAUCAGCUCUGUGGACCCACUGAGCCAGAUAAAAACCAGUCCUAGUCCUAAGAAGUCCUAUAUCUCUGCCAACAUGCCCCGCUUGUUCUUCGCUGGCGAACACACGUGUCGCUGCUAUCCAGCCACUGUGCACGGAGCCAUGCUCACAGGACUGCGUGAGGCCGCACGUGUGGCCAACGCAUACUUUCCUGGUCCGACUCCAAUUCUGCAUCAUAAUCUGAAGCUCAGCGUUCCUGCCUCUCAGAGCGUUUGA